AUGGCGACCGACGGAACUCAAACUGAGGGAAUCAACAUACCUCAACUUCAGCGAUCGAUUCGAGGAUACCGAAGCCACUUUUCACGAACGUUCUCUUCAUGCAUCCAUUUCGCAAACAUGGAGGGAUCCCACGCAAUGGUCGACGAAUUGAAGGAACGAUACAACGAAAUGAAAAAAUACUACGGCAAACUCAUCGACGCCACGAUUGAGGUACAGGAAGCGGAUCCGGACAACCUACCGAAAUACGACGAAGAACUGGAUAAGGAUCGAGUUCGUUUCGAGGAAGCGAGCAGUGCGACGGCCAAGGUCCUGUCAUCAAAUCUUCGCAGGAACGACACGCAAAGCACGACAGAACACAAUCGCAACGAAAUCAGGGUAUCAAAGAUUAACGAAGCACUCAAGCCAGGAAUUCUCAGCAAAGACGCCACGCCGCUAGAAAUGCGCCAAUGGGAAGAAUCGUUCAACGCCUACUUCGCCAGCAACAAAAUGGAUGCCAUGCCUCUGCCGGAACAACAAUCAUACUUCAAGGU